UCAGCCGGAUAGGGGGACUGAGGGCGUAAGGUGGCCAGUAUAUGGAGGACUAAAGAAUGAGUGAUCAGACUUCGCAGAGGAAGUCCGACGAAGGGACUUCUAGGCCACCGACGGAAGGACGGAAGUGUUUCAAGUGUGGGGGAGAUGGGACACUUUGCCAGAGAUUGCGCGGAUUACUGGCAGGCGAAGGCCCUUGGGCGGACCUUUGUACCAUCUUCCUUCGGACCGAGUGGCGGAAGGACAGGAAGGACGGCUGAUCAAGAGAGUAUCGUGAGGAGAAGCCGGUCGGCGGAGAGUGGAGAUGGGCGCACGGAAAUCGACGAUACUAGUAUGCUCAUGAGGGAGUAUCUUGUCGCCAUGGCGCAAGAAAGGCGGGACAGGAUUGAAAGGGAGGCGACCGAGGAACGUCGAAGAUUGGAAGAGGAAGCAAGAUUAGAGAGAGAAAGGAGGCGCGCCGAGAAGAUGAAGGAGAAACAACAAUAUGAGGAGGAACGAGAUGCAAGACUACUGAGUUUGAUCGACAUGAAGAUGAAGAAAGAAGAAGAGGUGCGGCGAGGCAGAAGUGGCUGGAAAGGGCCGGUAGUGCACAAGACUAACGAGUAUGGGGAAACAAUGGAGGAAGAAAAAGAGAGAUUGAGGCGGAUGAUAGCGUCUUGUGAAGAACGGGAAGUCGAUGAUGAGCUUCCACUAUUACGGAAACAAGCAGCGAACCUGAAGAUUGCCGACAAACGGAAUCGGGGACCGGAGGGACCGGUGGGUAAUAGCCCACUGGUUAUGACGCCUGAGAAAAGGACGAAUGUCAAACUAUCGGAGGACUCGAGGAGGAGGAUUGAGGAGUUGCGAAGCAAUAAGAAUGAGGAACCGCAAACAUCAGGGAUGUCGAGGAAAAUUGACUUGACACUGAAGCAUAUCUCUACUGCGUGUGGGCCGGGAGGGAAAGAAAAGUACGAGGUUGAAGUCCGGGAUUUUUACGAUGCGCUCACCAUUGACGAAUUGAAGGAGGUGUGUCGGAUGGAGAAGGUAUGCUACGAAAAUCGGGAAAUGGCAAUCAAGCGUUUGGUGAUACGACGUGUGGCAAUCGCAUAUAAUGCAGCAUAUCUUCCCCUGCCGGCGACUCCAAGGGUGAUUACGAGGAGCGUUAAAACGGGAGAGACAAAAGCGGGGGUCGAAAAGAAGAAACCAUAAGAGAAGCCGGAAACGGGCGAAACUGAGGACGAGUACGAAUCCGAUGACAGCGAGUGAAGAAGUC